UAUCCAUCUCGAUCAACAGGAAUAACAACAAUCCACCAUGAUAAACCUGAAGACUCCAGCAUAUCCGUCAUGGCAACAAAAAUGAGCGACACCAAAAAACUUGAACUAGCCAACAUUACGCUGACCGCAUCAGAAAGACAUAAAAGAUUGCUCCCAUACACCAACUUCUAUCAAACCCAGUCGUUCAACAGCCCACCUUACCAACCCCCUGUGGAUAAAUACCGCUUCGUCCAGAAAAAAGUGAACAACUACGAUGACUACCACAACAGCCAAGACGCCCUGUAUCAAUCGCAGCACAAAUUCACCCCUUUCCUGGAAAGUAACGCCAUUCCCGGCCCGUUUCGCCCGAUGGUCCAAAACCCCUCGCCUGCAAGAGUCGAAGUUCAGUACGUACCGCAAAACAAAGUUCCGAAUUAUAGUGAAAUAUACGACAAGUUGGCACAAUUGAAGCUGAGGCAAAACUAUAGGGAGCCUAGUUAUGUUCAAGUCAACCGCCCCAUUCAGCCACAACGAUACGUCCUGAAACCGCAAGUCAAUUAUAAUAGGUACAAAAUAUUCCGACCGUCGAAAACUACAAUUGAGACGUUCACAGCCACAAGUAUUGACAUACCAAGUGCAGAGGGGGAAAACCAGUACGAGCACGCGAAGAACUUCGAGAGUUUGCGGGAGGGAACAAAGCCUUUGGCCUCGAAACCGAACUACGGUCAGAAGGAAUAUCCAGUGUUAGAGCCAUACCAAGAAGUUACAAGAAAACCAUUCAUCAUUGUGCCAGUGCCUCCUCAGGAUCGAGAACCGCGCCCUUUAAUUGUUAUUCAGAGAAAACCAGUGUUCAGAGAGAAGCAGAGGUAUAAUACACAAAAAGUUCCGCAGUACAUUCAAGUAGCACCACCAAGCGAGCAAUAUAAUGAACCGCUAAGGUAUGUAACACCAAAGUACGAGCAGUUUCCAAAGUACCACGUUAUUUCUAACAGCGACUACCAAGACACUCCUUCAUCAGAAAAUCCACUCAAAUAUGAACUAGGCUCUCCUCCAAAAUUGAAAGAGUUCCAGGCUGCUCUACCACCAUUGCAAGCUCCUCCAAAAUACCAAGAUAUUACCCCUUCAAAACCGAAAUAUAAAGAGUAUCAUGUUCUUCCACCAACCGCAGAAACCUCUCAUGAAUAUCCUGAGUCAGCUAGAUACCCCGAUAUUCCAAAAUAUGGCGACUACCAUGACGCUCCUCAGAAGCAACUAGUAUCCAUCCAAUACGGAGAGUAUGACGGAGCACCACCUCCAACAAAAACCUCUUCAGGCUUGGCAGAGAUUCUAAGUCAUCUCCAGUCAACUAACACUCUACCCAAAACUCUCACAGCGGAUAACAUCGACAACAGUAUAAAGACCCUAGUGAGGAUCCUUGACGCUCUUAAGAAGCAGCAGAAGCUUUCGAAACCAAUUAUUGUUCAAGAUAGUAGUUCAUCCGAUUAUGAUGAUGGUAUAAGCAACGAGGCAGGGGUUGGUGUUGGUGGGGACCUAGCUCAUUUGCCUAUAGCAGUAGGGCAGCAUUUUCCGGAAGACACUCCUGAUGGUGGGACUCCUGGGAAGCCUGGAGUUGAUUAUCCUGCUCUAUCGACCAUACCAAAGACUACUUUCAAUUGUAAGACGCAGAGAUAUAAGGGGUUCUUUGGUGAUCCAGAUACUAAUUGUCAGGUUUGGCACUAUUGUGACUUGAAUGGAGGUCAGUCAUCAUUCCUAUGUCCAAAUGGAACGAUAUUCAGCCAGGUGGCGCUCACUUGUGAUUGGUGGUACAACGUCAAAUGUUCUAGUACAGCUCAACUAUACGUACUCAACGAGAGGCUCUACAAGUACAUCAUUCCCUUAUCGCCAAAAUUCCCAGAAGAUUACUCUGGACCACUAGUUGACAAGUAUCUAGCCCUCAAGUUUCAACAAAUGGAGGAGAAAAUGAGGAAAGAGAAGAAAGGCAAAGGAAACUCUAGCGAAGAAAGCGAUUCAGAAGAAUCACAGGAUGUCGAGAGUGAAGAUACGGAAAAAGUUGAUUCGUCUACGAAAAAUCCAUACCAAAAAGAAACUCUGGAGACAAUCGAAGAUGCCAAUGAAAACUAGAUAGAGUGAACUUGUGGGAUUGUGAUAAUGCUGUGAAUACAACGCUGAGUUUUAUUUAUACCUAGGACAACGGUGGUCCAGAAUAAAAAUGUAUCAAAGUCCUCAAAAGUGAAACCCCCACAAAAUUCAGUGAAUGCCAAAAAUUGGAACAGAAAUCAUUCGUUCUGUCACGACCCAUUCCAAUCAUAGUUCUGAAUGAAAGUUAACCAGUCAGUUGUAAACCAAUAGUAUACGAGUAUUAUUAUUCAAUUGGUUUUCUUUUGUUGUUAAUUUUGGUGAGAGGAGAUUUGCAAAGAUAAUUUUUGUGAUAUAUCACUUUUUAUUUGCUCAAAUUCCAGGUUUUCCUGAAGUACUUCCAUAUUCUAGUACCAGAGUUAAUUGAUAUACGUAGCACUUAUAACCAAAUCGCCAACUUUUCCCUUUGAACUGAUUCACCAACUGAUACACAGACUGGAUGGCAAGUAAUUCUAGUGCUUCAGGACUACCUAAUGAGAUGUCGACUUUUGUACACGCAAAUCAGAAAUUGCUUUCUCACUCGCUCACUGAUUAAUUUGUGUAGUACUGAAUAUUCCUGUCAACUAAUUCGCUGACACUUUCCUCUCAUUUUAUCAUUUUUUCGACAUGUUCUGUCGAAGAUUUUCUUUGCUUUGCUGUUUUCCAACAUUCAACACAGCAUUUUAUUUAAAGGUGGUUGAUAAUGUCUCACAGUGAAUUUCAUCAGUUCGAACUUCCAUUGUCUCAUACGAUAUAAAAUGAUUUGAAAUCCCCGAGAGA